GCUCUUCUCAUGCAAAACAAAUUAGCCGUCCUCUUAAUAGUAUCUAGGGAACCAAACCUAGGAACCACAGCUUCAGUAGAGCGUUGCCUGCACCCAAAAGAAACGGAACACUACCUUGACAUUUUUAAGGAAACUUAAAACAUCCACUUCCACUUUGCUUUCAAUGGCUUCUACUCAAUAUAAGCAUUACCAUGAUAAAGAGUAUGAUCCUUGCAUUUUAUUUGAAACAUACUUGGGGACCGAUAUGGAUGCUUCCAAGAACCAGUUGAUAGAAUAUCCUAUUAAAUCUCUUCGGGAUAUAUUGUCUUCAGGUUUGGUGAAAGGAGAAACUCUGAUUGAACUUAGUGUUACAUCUUUUAUGCAUAUGUUGGUGGCUGCUGAUUACUUUGACAACAUCAUCAUGUUACACUCCUGUGAAUCCGAUGAACAAGAGGCACAGAAAUGGUUAAACAAGGAACCAGAAGCCAUAGACCACUCUCACCUUACAACCUUUGUCUGUGGUCUUAAAGGGGAAUGCACAACAUGUGAGGAACAUGAAGAAAAAACCAGAAGAGCCGUCAAACAGGUGGUACGAUGGGAUAUUACCAAAGAGAACCCACUUGGUGAUGUUGUGUUGCCCCAAGCAGACUGUGUGCUCAGUUGUGCGUAUUUGGAUAUUGUUAGUAAAGAUCAUGAGAUGUAUCUGAAACUUCUAAAACAAAUCUCCUCCCUUGUGAAAAUAGGAGGUCACCUGAUCAUGAUUGGAGCCCUUAAUCAAACGUACUACAUGUUAGGCCAACACAAGUUUUCUUCCCUGACUUAUGAUGAAGAGUUUUUACGAAAGGCUCUGGCAAAGAACGGGUUUAUAAUAGAGAGAUUUGGGAAAGAGAAAAGCAGACAUAAUUCUGGUUUGUGUGAUUAUGAAUAUUUGACAUAUUCUGUAUCCCAAAAGGAAAGAGAGGCCUAAAUUCCUGAAUCUCCAAAGACAAAGUUGUGUUUAUGUUAAUGAUUACAUUGUUGUCCUUUAAUUAGCUUUCGGUGAUGCUGUGUGAUGAUAAAUAACAUAAUAAAUAACCUCAUUAAGAGGCGCAUAAUAUUUUGGCACUAUAUAGGAUAAUAAUUAGUGGUGGGCUGAAAAUUCUAGUCUAUGGGCGACAAUUUUUUUUCACCCAUUGGAGUCUAAGGGCACUCUUUACUAUUAAUUAAAUAUUUUAUAAUAUUUUGAAUUGGUUGGUAUGGGGUAAUUGCCACUGCUCUGAGUAUAAAAUUGGUAAAAUAUUAUAAUGUCAUUUAGAAUGACAUAUUGUGUAUGUGAUUGGCUUUAUUUUGGCUGCUAAACCAUUGUAAUCAUUAUCUAAAUAAACAUAUAUUUACACUUUA